GCCAUUUAGAUGCGCACAUAACUCGUCUCGGAGUAGAAGACGUGUACUUUUCGUGUUGAUUUUUGGUCCAUUUGCCAUUUAAUUUGUAACAAUACAGUUUGUUUAUUUUUAACAACACUUAUUUAGCUGAAAUGGCGACGGUGGAGGAGCUGAAGCUGAGGGUGCGAGAGUUGGAAAACGAAUUGAUAAAAUGUAAGCAGCAGCAGUGUGUCAUGAUGGAAGAUGCUCAGGCGAUGAACAGACCCAAAAUUGACAAAAUGAGCUCCGAAGUCGUGGAUUCCAACCCAUACAGCCGUCUGAUGGCUUUAAAAAGAAUGGGCAUCGUGGAGGACUAUGAGAAAAUCCGUACCUUUUCAGUGGCUGUAGUUGGUGUUGGUGGAGUUGGCAGCGUGACAGCUGAGAUGCUAACUAGAUGUGGCAUUGGUAAGCUGCUGCUGUUCGACUAUGAUAAAGUGGAGCUGGCCAACAUGAACAGACUGUUCUUCCAGCCACACCAGGCAGGCCUCAGUAAAGUGGAAGCAGCAGAGCACACACUCAGAAACAUCAAUCCAGAUGUGGCGUUUGAGACCCAUAACUACAAUAUCACAACACUGGAAAAUUUCACACACUUUAUGGAUCGCGUCAGUCAUGGAGGGCUGGAAGAAGGAAAACCAGUGGAUUUGGUCCUGAGCUGUGUGGAUAACUUUGAGGCCAGGAUGGCUAUCAACACAGCUUGUAAUGAACUAGGUCAGAUCUGGAUGGAGUCUGGUGUGAGUGAGAACGCUGUGUCAGGUCACAUCCAGCUCAUAAUUCCUGGAGAGACAGCCUGCUUUGCUUGUGCUCCUCCAUUGGUGGUUGCUGCUAACAUUGAUGAAAAAACCCUAAAACGAGAGGGCGUGUGUGCUGCUAGCUUACCUACAACAAUGGGUGUGGUUGCAGGGAUCCUUGUGCAAAAUGUCCUCAAGUAUCUGCUGAAGUUUGGCACAGUAAGCUAUUAUCUCGGCUACAAUGCCAUGCAGGACUUUUUCCCUUCCAUGACCAUGAAGGCCAACCCCCAGUGUAAUGACCGUCACUGCAGAAGACAACAAGAGGAGUACAAGAAGAAAGAAGCAGAGCGGCCAAGAGUGGAAGCUGUGCAGGAGGAGGAAGAAGAGGUUGUCCAUGAAGACAAUGAAUGGGGUAUUGAGCUGGUAUCUGAAGUCACAGAUGCAGAGCUACAGGCUGCAUCAGGAACUGUACCCGACCUCCCAGAAGGCAUCAAAGUAGCUUACACCAUUCCAGAUGAGAAUGUACCGAAUGGAGAGACAGUGGAUGAGACUGAAAUGAGCUUAGAAGACUUAAUGGCUCAGAUGAAAAAAAUGUAGGCAACAAUCUGCAGUUUAAUUUCUUUUCCACAUCUAUAUACAUCUUUUUUUUUAAAUUACAUUUAACAUUUUUAACAGCUAAUGUUGAGUAACGCAUGAGACAUGUUAAAAGCAUUUCAUACAUGCAAGAAAUCUACUUGGAGUGAAAUCGAUUUAUUAAGAAUGGCUAAGAAAAUUGAUUAAAUAUCCUUUAAUGCAUUAAAUAAUAUUGCUUUUCUAAAGUUGAAGUUGGUGAAUAGUUCAGCUUUUCUUCUGUAUGUUCUGUCAUUCUGCUGCAACAGUGUUGUCUCAAUAAAGUAAUUAUUAGAUGGA